AUGACGGCUCUCAUAGCCAACAUUGUUUCCAAGAACAAGUCGGCGAAGUCUAAUGCCACUCGUCGUCCAAAGUCGCCAGAGAACCCAUCUGCCUAUGAGGAAGACGAAAAUCUGCUCGUCAUCGGCAUCGAUUUCGGGACCACUCAUUCAGGCAUCGCAUGGGCUACCCAAACCGACUUCAACAGCGAACAGAUCAACCUCAUAACCAGCUGGCCAGGUUCGGGUCGAGAGGAUGGUAAGGCUCCAACCGAGAUAUACUAUGAAGAUGAGAUGCUAUGCGAGUUUGAGGUGGACAAGGACACCACCCCCAUUACCUGGUUCAAGCUCUUACUCUUGAAGGAGGAGGACCUAUCCCCGGAGCUGCGUUCAUCCGAGUUCCUCCUCCGCGCCCGGAAGAUGGCCCGUGAGAAUGGCAAGACAGCCAUCGAUCUGAUCGCUGAUUAUCUCCGAGCGAUUUGGGACCACACGCUCGAGUCUAUCGCCAAGGAUCGCGGAGGCUCAGUCCUUGAGGCGUAUCAGUUCCACGUCGUAAUUACUGUCCCUGCCAGCUGGAAGGACUAUGCCAGGCAGGACAUGGAGAAGGCGACCAAAAAGGCCGGUAUUCUCGAUCGUAGAGCGGCGGGCAAGACUAUCCUGACAUUUGUCCCGGAACCAGAGGCUGCCGCCCUAUCGACUCUGUGUGACCCAGGGCGCGAACCCAAGCCGGGUGAUGUGUACCUUAUUUGCGAUGGCGGAGGCGGUACAGGUGAUCUCAUCACCUACGAGAUCACAGGCGUCGACCCGAUCCUGAUGAGGGAGGCCGUUGAAGGAAUAGGCGGACUCUGUGGAGGUAUCUUCAUCGACGAGGCGUUCGAGGCUAGGGUAAAGAACCGCUUAGGUUACAAGUGGGAUCAACUCAGCCAGUCGGGCAUCAAGGAGAUGCUCAAGGGCGACUGGGAGAUUUCCAUUAAGCCACAGUAUAAGUCUGGAAAUGUGAACAAGGAAUACGUGGUGUCGAUCCCGGCCGAAGCUUACCGGAAAGACAACGAGCUGUUCAACGACAUGACAAAGGCGCCUAUCAUUAAGAAUGGCCGUAUCCAUUUCAAAGGAUCCCACAUUCAAAAGGCCUUCAUUAAGCCUUUUGCUAAGAUUGAUGGGCUUAUUGAAGCCCAAAUCCUCAAGGCUAAGAAGCAGGGCCUGUCGUUGACUGGAAUCAUUCUCGUUGGCGGUUUGGGGGGCAGCCCUUAUCUGUAUGAGCACUUGAGGGCUCAACAUGGACCAGCCAACAUCAGCAUCCUGCAAUCAACCGGAAUGAGACCGCAUACGGCAAUCUGUCGAGGAGCCGUGUACAAAGGCUGCAUAAGCGGAACCGCGUCCUCCAACCGAGAGUGCCGUAUCCCAAUCCAAGUCACCUCGACCAUCUCAAGGGCCAGCUACGGGAUGAGUCACGCAGUCCCUUUCGACCCAAAAUUACAUCUCCAACAGGACAACAUAUGGAACGAAACGGCACAUGAGUGGAUGGCUGACAACCAAGUGACAUGGUACCUGAAAAAGGGAGAAAACGUGUCAACAAAGGACCCUGUGUCCCAUCCCUUCUGUAAUAUGUACAAAACCAUUAACAGCUUUGACGGAACCUUCCAAGUGACGAUCUGCCAGUGCCAUGAGGACACGCCCCCCACUCGCGAGAACAGUACCGUUGAGAGGUGGGCCACCACCAAGUGCUCAGUCGAUGUUCCUUUCCGGGACUUGGAAGAUUACCGGAAUAAGGCCGGGAUCAGAGUAAAGAAACUAGAAUUCCACGUCGAGAUGGUUCCAUCUGGUGCCUCUAUCGAGUUUGCGGUUGUUGUUAAUGGGAAGAAGGUGGGCCAGUCCCAGUUUCAAACCCACUUCAGUUAG